UAAAUAAAUAAAUGAAAGAAAGGAGUGUGAAUUAAGAGGAUAUUGGAGCUUUUCACGUGCACCCCUCCCUGUCUCUUUCCUCCAUUGAAGCGGCUCUCUGAAUUCUGCGUUGAAAGCAGCUUUCUGACCUUUCUCUCUUCAAUUGAAGCCUAGGAAGACAUGGAUAAGCCUACAUAUCUCAAGUUCCUUGUUUCAAAUGCUGCCGCUGGCUCAGUUAUUGGCAAAGGUGGGUCAAUGAUCACUGAUUUUCAGAAAGAUUCUGGGGCUCGAAUUCAGUUGUCACGCAAUCAGGAAUACUAUCCCGGGACAGCUGACAGAAUAAUUAUGAUAUCUGGAAAGAUUGAUGAUGUAUUGAAGGCUAUGGACCUUAUUCUCAACAAAUUGCUUAGUGAGAUUCAAUCUGAAGAUGGUGAUGAUGCUGACCAAAGAUCUAAAGUUAGACUUGUAGUUUCAAAUAACUGCUGUGGUGCCAUUAUUGGCAAGAGUGGAGCCACCAUAAAGUCGAUUAUUGAAGACUCUCAAGCCGGCAUAAAGAUUUCUCCCCAAGACAAUAACUAUAUUGGGUUGACUGAUCGAGUUGUCACACUGACAGGUUCUUUUGAGGAACAGAUGCGAGCUAUUGAUCUGAUUUUGUCCAAGCUAACAGAAGAUUCCCUUUACAUGCAGUCCAUGAAUGCCCCUCUUUCAUACCCAGGUGUUUUGUUUGCUGGUAUUCACCGUGUGCCAUAUGCAUAUGUGCAUCCUCCAGUUGGAACAGCAACAUACAAUGCAAAUUAUGGACCAAAUGGUGUUGGGGCAAGAUAUCCGAGUAACAAGGAAGAUCGAGGUAACUCCUUGACGAUUGGUGUUGCUGAUGAGCAUAUUGGUGUGGUUGUUGGACGCGGUGGAAGGAACAUACUUGAAAUCAGUCAGGCUAGUGGAGCGAGAAUUAAGAUAUCAGACAGAGGUGAUUUCAUGUCCGGUACAUCUAACAGGAAAGUGACAAUCACUGGUUCACUUAGAGCAAUUCGUACAGCAGAAGCCAUGAUUAAUCAGAAAGUGGCUUCUGUCUCAGAGAGUUGAUGAGUAACUUGGCCACGCCAGAAGUUAUAUUCGUUGCUUGCAUUUGAAACCCCAAUGUUCGCUGAGGUCUAACGUGGAGCAGAAGCUGCAGUUAUAGACGAGCUCAUCGAUACAAGUAUACACGGAAUUGUUGGUAGGAGGGUCGUUACUUGUCACCGGAGACAACUUCAUGCCCUUCCCGAAAUACGUUUAUUUUUAAUAUUUAUUCCAGGCCAAAUCGCUUUUUGUACUUUCUGAGUAGGAGCUAAUUGACAAAUGUUGUCAUUAAUAUGCAAUUGACUAAUAAUUUUAUUUGUUGCAGAGGUUUUGUUUAUUCAAUUAUCCAACAAUACAAUACAUUUCCUUUUUUUUUUUAAAUUCUUUUUCUGUCCAUUUUCCCAUAAGAGAUGUCAAGUUAUCAGAAAAUCAAUCAAUUUUAUUUUUUUA